GCAAAAGUUCUUGCAGCGAGGAUGUAGCAGUCUCUGGGGCCAGCGGCGCUUUCGAGGCUUUGCUGUGGCACAUGGUCUACGAGGAGGAGAUCGGAUCUGUGAAAGGACACAUAGGUCCAUUGAACUCAAUAGCAUGGUUCCGAGACGGCGCCGGCUUCGUGACUGGCGGCGAGGAUGGCUACGUUAGAGUCCAUCACUUUGACAAGGACUACUUCACCGCGAAAAGAUUUGAGUAA